AUGAAGGAGCUACUUGACACGGAUCGGGUCAAUUUCCUGGUCUGGAGAUACCUCCUCGAAUCCAAUUAUCGAGAGACGGCUGCCAAGCUGCAAAAGGAGUGGAGGGUGCAUCAACCUCACAGACAGUUUGACUUUGCACCGCACGUGAACACCUAUGCCCUGGUGUCGCUCCUGAACAAGGGUCUCAUUUAUGAAGACUAUCAGAGGCAAUUUGCGGUCGCCCAUGAGACAACCCGCGACGGACCGGCACCUGUCGAGACGGGUGUGAAGGGAGUAUUUGGGCCACUAAGAUUCCAGCCCGAAGUGGCCGACGAAGAUGAGGAGGACGACGAGGAAUCUGAGGUGGACGCAGAGGCCGAGGAAAUCGAAAACCCACGAAAGCGGACGGUCGAGCGGCAGCACCACCGCGAAUUGUCGCAUGGGUCCCCCGCAAAGAGACCGCGGCUCAGCAACGGCUUCGAGAAUGGGCCCGAUUCGGCAGCCACGCCAAUGGACCUUGACCACCACGGCCACCCCCAACCAGAAAAUAACCACGCUUACCCGUCACCGCUCGAGGGCGAGCAGGCCGAGUCCCCACUCCUGCGCACUGAAGGCCCGUCGCGCGGCACCCAAGUUGAAAAGGUGCGAGACCUGACACAGGGCACCAUGUUUCUGCGCCUGGGCGCCGAAUCUGCAGAGGCGACAGAGGCCCCCGAAAACCCUCUCGUGCUUCUAUGCGAGUGGAACCCUCGGGACCCAUCCCUCUUGGCGACGGCUGGCACAGACGCGCUAGCCUGCAUUUGGACGCUUCCUGGUGGACCCGCUGCCCCGGUCACUGAGCUUGGUCACGUGGAUACUACCAGUCGAUCAUCGAUGAAUAUCGUUGAGGACGAUCUGCCCAAAAGUGCGACGGUCUCGGCAAUGGCAUGGAGCUCGAGCGGUGAUUUCAUUGCUCUUGGCACCGAGCUUGGUCUAAAGUCGCGUGUCAGCAUCUGUUCGGCCGAUGGAACCAGCCUGCAGCGUUUCGACGGACUCGACUCACCCGUCACCAACCUUUGCUGGAGCCCUAACAACAGCUUUCUCCUCGCCAUCAGUCCGGAGGUGAGCAGUGGGCCCUCUAAAACGUCCACCUUGAUCCACAUUUCGUCUCCCUCGAUGGUGAACUCGAUAUCGCAUAUCCUCGACCACGACCUCCGCGCGUACAGCCUAGACGCAGCGUGGAUCAGCGAGACCGAGUUCCUGCUUUGUGGUGGCGAUUUGUUGACUUCCUUCCGCUGCACCGGGCAAGGUAUCGUACAAGGGCAAAAGUUUGAAACCGCAAAAGACGAGCGCUUCAGCCUCGUCGAGUUUGACUGGAGGUCUAAACUAGUUGCUACGGCUAGCGACAAGGGUUACAUCGACGUGUGGGAUGAAGCUGGCCACCGUCGCUCGAUUCCCGCUCACGAUGGCGGUGUUGCUAGCCUCAAAUGGCAGCCGUUACAGGCCGACCCAGCCGGGGAUGAAAGACUCUUGGUGUCUGGGGGUGAAGAUGGUGCUGUUUUGGUGUGGAAUGUUCGCAGCCCAGAGAACAAGCCCAAAUACUCCAUCACCAUGCCGCCGCCACUCGCAGUCCAUAACCUCUCCAUGAGUCCCGAUGGAGCGCUCAUCGCCGUGGCCACACACGACAGAGUGCUAAUUUGGAAAAUUGGCGAUCAUGCCACCCCAAUGGCCAGCUGGGUGCCACAAUCGGGUUGGCAGAGCCCUAGUAGCUCUAGCACCGAUAACGAUGAAGCGAUCCCUUGUCUCGGGUGGGACUCGGAGGGCCAACGCCUAGUCUACGGCUUGGAAAACAAGCUUGCCGUCAUCAGCCUUCAAGAACAGGAAAGGUGA